AUGAUACCAGUAACCAGUCGACAACGACAGACGAAAAAAGAUGAGGCUAUUCGAAAGAAAAUUGAGCAAGAAUUGUCAAGGAAACGAGGCAAUUCAACGCGUAUUCGUCAGACAAAGAAAAUAGCCGGCACAGUGUCUGCAUUGAGACCUGCCCAGGCCCUCACAGUACGGGAGAACAUCCUGGUCAUCGAAGCUGCUCAGCUGAUGGCAGCAAAGAGAAGUGACUGUGUCUUAGUAGUAGACGAUGAUGAGCAUCUCAGUGGCAUUUUUACAGCCAAAGACCUAGCAUAUCGUGUAGUGGCUGAUAAUCUGGACACGAGAUCAACUACCGUAGCAGACAUAAUGACAAAUGGUCCAAUGUGCGUCACCGCAGACACUUCUGCACAGGAUGCCCUAAAUCUAAUGGUGUCGCGUGGAUUUCGUCACUUGCCGGUCUGUAACGAAGAAGGCGAUAUUUUCGGUUUAUUGGAUAUCACAAAAUGUCUGUACGAAGCACUAAACAAGAUGGAGCGGGCGUUUGGAUCUUCAAGAAAACUUUACGAUGCACUCGAAGGCGUAGAACGUGAAUGGGCUCAUAGUCCGGCCCAGUUUGUCCAGUACAUGGAAACCUUACGAGAGAAAAUGGCCUGCCCUGACCUCACAACCGUCCUAGACCACGCCGGACCAGUCCAGGUACCCGUCAAAGCCCAGGUCAGAGAAGUGGCCAGGCUGAUGAAAGAACACCACACGACCGCAGUGCUUGUGAUGGAUCACGGAGGAUUAGCGGGUAUUUUUACAUCCAAAGACAUUGUUCUGCGAGUCAUUGCAGCCGGUCUUGCACCAGAUGCAUGUAGUGUUGUGCGGGUUAUGACACCACAUCCAGACACAGCCUACCCUUCUACUAGUAUCCUUGAAGGACUAAAGAAGAUGCAUGAUGGACACUACCUUAACCUUCCAGUGCUGGAUUAUGACAAGAACAUUGUAGGCAUUGUGGACGUUCUUCGGCUGACCUAUGCUAUCUUGGAACAAAUCAAUAGCAUUGAAGGAAAUGUCGGUGACAAUAGCAAAUUCUGGCAGAGCAUUGCCACUGGAGAUCACCCGGAUACCGAGUCCGCAAUCUCAGACUCGUUGUCCCAGGCAGCCAAUUCACACAUUAGCUCGUCCAACCCGAUGAUCAAUGGCAACAGUAGCGAGACAUUUAGUUUUAAAUUUACAUACGGUAGCCGUGCGCAUCGAUUCCGGUGCGAUCCGUCACAGUUCAGUAGUUUUAGGGAGAUGGUGCGGCAAAAGAUUAUUGCAGAACAUUUGUCGCUGUCACAAUCAUACGUUGAUGUUGGCGGCCCCAGAGAUUCGGCUACGACAAUGAAUCCAAAUCCAAACCCUAAUGAUAAUGAUAAUGUUGAUGUUGAUGUUGAUAAUGACUGGCUGAGCAUAGCCUAUCUCGAUGACGAGGAAGACCAGGUGUUGAUGACAUGCGAUAAUGAUCUAACGGAUGCUGUCCAGUUGGCGCGCAAGAUGGGCCAUGACCGAGUACGACUGUUUGUGCAUGAUAGUCUGGCUGAACAACACCCGAACCAUAACCACGACGAGAGUUCUAUUGCAGGAACCACAGCAGUACCAACAAGAGUAUCAAGACAGGACGAAUCGUCCGACAGUGAUGAGGAUAGCAGUGGUUCCGAUAUGGAACGCACCGGCCGCACCCUCAGAGAACCCAAUUUUGUUAUCCCGCAAGAAAUGCUGCUUCCGGCUGCCAUCACUUUUCUGGGUGUAGUGAUCUUGGGUGUCUUUGCAAUCGCUAAACUAACAGGAGGAUCCAACAGUCGUUAUUGAAACAAAAUAGCCAUUCAUUAUCUUUACUUUAUUUUAUCUAUAUCACUAUAUCACUAUAUAUCUAUAUAAUUACAUAUAAUUAAUUAAUUCGUUAGAAAUCGCUUCUUCUUUAUCAUGUAGAUAUAGGUAGUUAUGUGUACAUAAGCCAUCUCUACAUCUAAAUCUACAUUUAUAUAUCUAUAUCUCCCACUACCACUAUCAACCACUACAUUUACAUUUACACUCGAAUUUCCAUUUCCAUUUCCAUUCACAUUCACAUUCACAUUCACACACACACAUACAUCCUUAUAUAUAAAUACAAAUAUACAAAUAUACAUAUUACAUAUAUAAAUAUAUAUAAAAAUAUAUAUCUAC